UGCUCUGCUAUGAAUAUAUAUAGAGAUAGAUAUUCAUCCAAUUUUCUUCAGACCCAUCAUGGAUUUCUCUUCAAAUCUCGUUGCAAUUAUUGGGGCUGUGGCUCUAGUGCUGCUAUGUAAUCUAUGGAGAAGAAAAAAUUCCAAAAAAGUUAUGGGCAAGUUAGUCCCGGAAGCACCAGGUGGGUUGCCGAUUAUCGGCCACCUUCAUCAACUCGGCGGCAAGAAAUCGCUUGCUAGAACUUUAGGGGAGAUGGCUGAUAAAUAUGGGUCCAUCUACGCUCUGAGGCUCGGAGUACACAAAACUGUUAUUAUCACCGAUCACAAGGCGAUGAAGGAUUGCUUCGGCACAAACGACAAGCUUUUCGCCAAUCGCCCUCAUUCAAGUCAAGCUAUGAUCGUCGGCUACGACUACGCUUCCUUUGGUUUCGCCCCUUAUGGCACCUAUUGGCGAAACAUGCGUAAGUUGGCCACAGUUGAGCUCCUCUCGAACCACAGGGCUAGGUUGCUGAAUUACGUUCAGAUAUCAGAAGUGAAUCAUCUAGUCAAAGAUUUAUACUUGCAUAGCAAAAGAAAAGAGAACGCUAAGAUCAACAUGAGUGAACGGAUCGAACAUCUGAUCUUAAAUAUGAUCACCAGAAUGGUUGCCGGGAAGAGGUUCUUCGACGGCGACAAAGAAGCUAGGAACGAGAAGGGACGUCCGAUUGGGGAAAUCAUCAGAGAGUUCAUGUUCAUCACAGGAGCUCUUGUUCCUGGAGAUCUAAUUCCAUUCCUGGGAUGGUUUGAUAUUAAAGGAAUUCUAAAAACCAUGAAGCGUGUGACCGGUGAAGUUGAUGAAAUCGUGGAGAGUUGGAUUGAAGAACACAAGAUGAAGAAAACAGAUAACGAUGCCAAAAAGGACUUCAUCGAUAUUAUGCUUUCUGUUAUCGAGGACGAUGAAUCUAUGGGACUUGAUCGUGAAACCAUUAUCAAGGCUACAACAACAGUUAUCAUCCUGGCAGGCUCCGACACGACAUCAAUCACCACAAUAUGGGCCCUGUCCAGCUUGGUGAACAACAGGCGAGUUUUGCAACGUGCCCAAGAAGAGAUUGACGAGAAAGUUGGCAGAGAUCGCUGUGUACAAGUCUCUGAUAUUGAGAAAUUGGAGUACCUGACGGCAAUUAUAAAAGAAACCUUGCGAUUAUACCCUCCAGGUCCACUAGGAGUUGCACGAGAGGCAGCUGAAGAUUGUUACAUAUCAGGAUACUUUAUCCCAAAAGGCACUCGUUUGUUUACACAUUUGUGGAAGUUACAUAGAGAUCCAAAUGUUUGGUCGGAUCCUGAGGAGUUUAUUCCAGAAAGAUUUCUUACAACCAAUGCCAAUUUGGACAUUACAGGUAAGCACUUCGAGUAUUUACCAUUUAGUGCAGGAAGAAGAUCUUGUCCUGGGAUGAACUUGGCUAUGCAAGUGAUGCACUUGACUCUUGCAAGAUUGAUUCAAGCAUUUGACUUGAGAACUCCGACGAAUGAGCCAGUGGACAUGACUGAGGCACAAGGAAUUGUUAUGCCAAGGGCAACUCCUCUUGAAAUUGUUGUCGUCCCACGCCUUGCUGCUCCUGAGCUUUAUGAACAAGAGUAGCUUUGUAGACUAGUUUUAUUAAAUGAGUUCGCAAAUCUGCCCUUGUGACUUGAGUUUAAGGUGGGGUUAAGCCGGUUCAUAUACAAAUAUGUCUUAUUUAAUAUGUAAUGAGUUAUUAUCUUAUUGUAACUUUGUAGUAAUCAUGUGUAACGUUAACAUUUAUAAUAAAAAUCUAUGUCUGUUUCAUUAUAGCA